AACCAUUUACUUUAUGACUUUGAAAUAAAAUGCAAAUAUCGCUUUCAAGCCUUGUCUCUCAUAAUGCUUAUAUAACUCGAGUGUUGAGUUAACAAGAUGUUGUUUUUUAACGAGGAUGUUUCAUCUUGUACGAUAAAAUUCUACAUGUUUUAUUUUCCAUCUCUGAACAAUACGAUAGCGAACGCAAAUGAAUAUGUAAAACAUACACCUGUUCUUGUCCAAUAUGUAUACAAUAGAUUAAACGCCACGUGUCUAUCUACUAUAGACUACUCUACUGGUGCCAUCCUCCAUUUCAAACAAUCGUUAAUAAAUCGGUUAUUUCGUAUAUGUAAACCUGUCGCGUUUAUUCGUGAGAUAUUUGUCUUAUAGCUCUGUCCGCUGUUGCUCUUCGAAAUAGUAUUUCAUUAAUGUUGUUUUUGAUAUCGUGAGAUUGGAAAUGGUGUUGAAACCGUUAGACUCGACGAUCUUCGUCGCUUUCUUUUGCUGUUCCGUGUACGGUCGCCAUUUACAGGUUCAGUUAUCGGGAUACGAAUGUUUUUAUGACAACAUCGACGCAAACGUGUCUUGUUCAUUAGAAUACGCUCCCAUCACUGGUGCCAAUCCGCAAGUGGACGCAUUCAUCGAGUCCCCUCGCGGACGGUUGAUUUACAGAGAAGAAAGAAAGGAUUACGACUUGUUUCGUUUCGUUGCCGCAGAUAGAGGCGCUUAUCGCUUUUGUUUCAGUAACGUGUACGACAGCGUCUUUCACACAAAUCUCGUAUACUUUGAUUUUGUCAAAGGCAACGAAGGAGAGGGAAACUUCCCCGGAUCUUCCACACAAACUGCCCUCACGCAUAUGGAGGCGAGAGCUUACUCUAUCCACGAAGCGCUAGCCGUUGUGGAACAAUACCAGAAUCAUCACAGAAUUCGCGAGGCCAAUGGCCGCAUGGCUGCAGAAACACUUAACUCUCGCGUUCAAUGGUGGUCUCUUGGUCAGGCAUUUGUGAUUUUGGUCGUGAGCAUUUCUCAAGUCUAUGUUUUAAGACGCUUCUUCACAACAAGACGCCAAGAUAUUUAGUCAACACUGUGUCUCCUGUAUUAUCGAAGGUGUUAAAUUCUUUAUAAUAAUAUGCAUGUAUUCCCCUGAAGGCAAAUCGAACACCUUUUGACUCGGAGCGCAAGUGACAGGCAAUAUUAUUUUCAAGGUCGAUAGCUAAAACACUGGAAACUAUAUCGCGUGACUUCUUAUAAGAACAUCUCAAAAGCCAAGAAUGGAAAACACGAUCAUUUGCAUGAAGAAGCUACAUCAAAGUUAUUAGCCAGCGUUUCGAUUUAUUUUAAAAAAGAGAAAAUUCUUGCCACUUGUACAUGGCGUUCAUUCGAGUCGUGUAUCAUGUAUGCGUAUCAAACUUCUAACGUUCCAUACGCCUCAUGUAUUCAUGACAAAAGACAGCGAACGUAUUUCCCAUAUUGUCUUUUGUUCGUUUAUGCAUUCGGCGCAUGAAAAGUUGGACGUUUGAAUGGGAAUGUUGCAUGCAAAAAAAUGUACUUCACGGAAUUUCAACUUUGCUUUAUUCCAAUUGUAAAUUAUAUAUUGUGAUGGAGUUUAUGAAAAUUUCUUCACUUGUGUCAUCAAUAUGUAUUUUACUUGUUCACAAACUAUUAAGAAUUAUACAGUAACAAAAACACCAUA